GAGCGCAGGCGCAGUGCGGUGUUUGUCUGCCGGACUGACGGGUGGCCGGGUGGUGCGCGGUGGCGGCGGCGGGGAAGAUGGCGGCGUCCUCCCUGGAGCAGAAGCUGUCCCGCCUGGAGGCAAAGCUGAAGCAGGAGAACCGCGAGGCCCGGCGGAGGAUUGACCUCAACCUGGAUAUCAGCCCCCAGCGGCCCAGGCCCACCCUGCAGCUCCCACUGGCCAACGAUGGGGGCAGCCGCUCACCAUCCUCUGAGAGCUCCCCGCAGCACCCCACGCCUCCCACCCGGCCCCGCCACAUGCUGGGGCUCCCGUCAACCCUCUUCACACCCCGCAGCAUGGAGAGCAUUGAGAUUGACCAGAAGCUGCAGGAGAUCAUGAAGCAGACGGGCUAUCUGACCAUCGGGGGCCAGGUACCGCGCUUCCUUCGGUUUCCCACAGGGAUGGUGGGUGGGACCCAGCCGAUGGGCUGGGCCAGGGAUGUGGGUAGAGCCCUAUGGAGCCCUAGCCCUGGCUUUCCUCUCCAGCGCUACCAGGCAGAAAUCAAUGAUCUGGAGAACCUGGGGGAGAUGGGCAGCGGCACCUGCGGCCAGGUGUGGAAAAUGCGUUUCCGGAAGACCGGGCAUGUCAUUGCUGUCAAGCAAAUGCGGCGCUCGGGGAACAAGGAGGAGAACAAGCGGAUCCUCAUGGACCUGGACGUGGUACUCAAGAGCCACGACUGCCCCUACAUCGUGCAGUGCUUCGGGACCUUCAUCACCAAUACGGACGUCUUCAUCGCCAUGGAGCUUAUGGGCACGUGCGCUGAGAAGCUCAAGAAGCGGAUGCAGGGCCCCAUCCCUGAGCGUAUCCUGGGCAAGAUGACAGUGGCGAUUGUCAAGGCGCUUUACUACCUGAAGGAGAAGCAUGGUGUGAUCCAUCGCGAUGUCAAGCCCUCCAACAUCCUGCUGGACGAGCGGGGCCAGAUCAAGCUCUGCGAUUUCGGCAUCAGCGGCCGCCUCGUCGACUCCAAGGCCAAAACGCGGAGCGCAGGCUGCGCAGCCUACAUGGCACCCGAGCGCAUCGACCCCCCGGACCCUACCAAGCCUGACUACGACAUUCGGGCAGAUGUGUGGAGCUUGGGCAUCUCCUUGGUGGAGCUGGCGACAGGACAGUUUCCCUACAAGAAUUGCAAGACGGAUUUUGAGGUUCUUACUAAGGUUCUGCAGGAAGAACCCCCACUCCUGCCCGGUCACAUGGGCUUCUCGGGGGACUUUCAGUCCUUUGUCAAAGACUGCCUUACUAAAGAUCACAGGAAGAGACCAAAGUAUAAUAAGCUACUUGAACACAGUUUCAUCAGGCGCUACGAGGCGCUGGAGGUGGACGUGGCAUCCUGGUUCAAGGAUGUCAUGGCGAAGACCGAGUCGCCUCGGACAAGCGGGGUCCUGAGCCAGCACCACCUGCCCUUCUUCAGGUAGCCACGUGGCGGUGGCCAGCCUGCCGGGGGCCAAGGGUGCGGCCACAGGCCCCCCUUCCCCACUGGGUUACCCAGCUGCCCGCCAGGGGAGCCCUGGGACCUGGACAGCCGCUGAGGGCUGAGGACAGAAAGUAGGGGGCACCGACCCACCCCCGACUCCCUGCCCACCAGCCAUGGACAGACGGGCCCGUCAGGCCCCAGCACUUCCCGUCCCGGGGUCAGCCGGCCGUGCGCGUCCCCCCCUCCCCCGCCCCCGAACCCCGACAGACACUGUGAACGGAAGACAGCAGGCCGCGAGCAGACUCGCUAUUUAUUCAGUUGUAACCUCUGGGAUGGGGCGGCCCCAGGGGCCAGGAGAGAGCCGCCCGUCUGCACCCUCCAGCACUCACUGCGCUGUCCCCACUGCCGCCCCACGCACGUGCACCCCGGCCCCACCUUCCUCUCUGUCACCUCCCUCUCUACCUCUCUGGCUUUCCCCAUCUCCCUCCCUGGCUCUGCUUCUCUCCUGGCCCAGGCCUGGGCUCUGCCACCCCUGGCAAGACCCUGGGUCCGCUUAGGUGUCUGGCAAGAAAUGAGUCUGUUGGCUGGCGUUCCUGUGGACGCUGCAACUGCAGCCGGGCCUGGGCUGGUCUCUUUCUCUCUCUUUGAUCUCAGGGGGUCCUUUUUGGAGUUUAUUGUAUUUUAUUGUACUUGGUGGGGUGUUUGGGGGGUGGGGGGCGGAGAAGAGCUUGUUCUUAAUGGGGUUUGUCGGUACCUUCAGAAACUUUUACCAAAGUCAUGUUUAGCUGCUUGUGGUGGAAGCCCCCCCCCCAACCCCGACUGCCUCGUCGGGGCUUGGGGGCUGGGGCUGGGGGCCGAGCCAUGGGGGCCUGGGCCACCACCCAGGAGAGACUAGUCCCAAAGGUGGGCUCUGGGGGGGCUCCUCCCUUGGGGCUGGAGACUGGCCACAGCUUGGUGAGGUGAAUCGAGGACCUCAGGGGUGGAGAGAGCCCAAAGGGCCUCGGCCACACAGGGUGGCCUUCAGGGAAGGCAGGCGCGGGGCGUGGUGGAGGGCAACAGGUGCUGGUGCGGCAGGGAGGCGGCACAGGGAAUGGGUGACAGGAGUGGGGUCCGUGGGGCCCAGGGAGGCAGGGAUUGAGGGUGCAGGGAGUGGAUGUAUGGGUUUGAGAAUGUGUGACAGGGACAGAGGUGGGGCAGGCCGAAGGCUGGGCGUGUGGAGGUGGUCACGCCCUUGCAGUGGCCCUGAGCGCCCCUCGACUCACCCAGAGCUGGCCAGUCCCCAGCCCACCCUGAGGCCCCGGGCCCCAGCAUCCCCUGGGUUCUGCGCAGCAGCCAGAGCGAGCGGGAGGGGGUGUGUUUCCUUUUUGUUGGUGAUGCAUGCAAAUCAAGUGGACAACGAAACAAAAUAGCAAAAAAAAAAAAAAAAAGAAAAAAGAAAAAAACAUAAAAACCAACCAACGCCAAAGGUGAGGAACCUCGCUGGUUGUAGCUGAAGCAAUCUAGACUAGGCAUCACUGGACCCUCCGUUUGUCCCACGACUCGAGUUACUACUAGGAUAGUCACAAAUGCCGCAUGUUUAAAAAGUACUCGCAGUCAUCUCUCUGCCCCUGCGCACCCCCCCCGGGGGGGGGGUGGCCACCUUCUCUCUCUCCAGUCCCUUUUGUGAGGGGAGGGGGCAGGGUGAGGGGCCAACAGGCCUGGCCCCUGCUCUCCCUUGCCAGGCCAGGCCCAACCCCUGGGGCCUUUGUGGAUGGCUGGGAAGGUCGCGUGGCUGGCCCCAGGGCCUGCACAGGCCCAAGGCCAGCUGCCUGGGUUUAUUUUUUAUUUAACUUGAUUUUCUGUUUUGUGUGUGUCCACCCGUCCCCCCGCCCCCACCCUUCAGUGUUAAGUGGGAGCCUCUCCCCACCUGCCUCUCCCAUGUCCCACCCCCACCCCAAGUCACCAGUCACCAGCCAUCCCUCUGGACCAGGCAGAGGGCAGAGCGGGCAGUAAGGGGCCUGGCGUGGCCUGGCCCAGCCCACAGGUCCAUGACCCCUUCUCAGGCCACCAGUAUUGCCCCCAUUCCUUUUUAAAAUGAAAUGCCCUUGUUUGUAAAUCCUUAGACGCUUGAGAAUAAAAUCCCUCCCUUUUCA